CUCGUUAACAAUUUUAGUUGCAAUGCGAGGGUUAAGCUGACACUCAUCGCACAGUCGCCGAACGGACAAAACAUGAGCAAAGGCUUUGAACGCAAAUUCACAUUUGAACAUAGGAAUGGUCGUGGUUGCACACGAUUCAUUGCAUUUACCGAUCUAUUGAACGACGAAAAGGGUUUCAUUAAAGACGAUACGAUUGUUGUGGAGGCGAUGAUUAGCACAGAUCGAUCCUAUGGUGUGAUUAUGCGCUCAAAUGUUGGCAAUAUUUUUGGCACAAUUCAAAGGAAAUGCGUUGAUUUGAAUCCCGAAUUGAUUUACUUUAUGAACGAAUCCGAGUGUAAUGUUGUGUUCAAAGUUGAGGGCAAACGGAUUCCGGCCCUCAAAGAGUUGUUGAUCUAUAGAAGUGAUUAUUUUCGGUCAAUGUUUUCGGGAAAUUAUACCGAAAGUAAGGAUAAAGAGAUUGAAAUUCACGACACGACUUACGAGGCGUUCAAAACAAUCAUUUGGUACUUAUAUUCGUACGAAUUGGCCAUCGAUUCAGAGGAAAUGUUAAUUGAUUUGGACUUUCAGUACGAAGUCUAUAGACUCGCCGAUAGAUUUCAAAUCAAACGACUUCUCAUUUAUUUUGAAAAUCAAUUGAAAGCAAACAUUACUGAAGAGAAUCUGGAAUUGGUUUCAAGAAUUAGUUUCGAUUAUAAAAUCAAUUCUUUGAUGAUUUCUGUGAAGAAAUUUAUUGAUAAAACAUUUGACAAAUUGAUUCUCGAAGACAAGGAUUAUGUGAAGAAAAUCAAUGGAUUCACUGAUGACUAUAUGUUUGAUAAGACAAUUGAAAGUUCGCGUAAAAAGAUGCGAAUUGUG